UAAAAGCAACUGGCUCUGGGUCUGUAUGUAUGUUGUGUUUUUCGGUUCUGUUCUGGCUUUAAAUCUCAAGUGUGCGGUGUACUGUCUUUCCCCGUGGUCGACGGUGGUGGGAUGAAUUUUGAUUUAAGGCGAAACUGCGUCCAAUGUUGCGGCGGUGAACGAGAGUACACCUGUGAAGUGAAUUAAUUGCAUCGCAGUGAGCCGUGGAUAAUCCAGAACGUAAGAAAGCUAAAUAGUUAGUGUGCAGUUGCUUGGAAGGUGCCAGCGUCGGGCAGUGCAGAAGAGAUCGAUCGGGGUGUGCUAAGGUGAAGCUGAGAGGUGAAAAGAGUGCGGAGGUUGUGUGUUUUCUGUUUCAAGAAGAAGUUGUGGGAGGCCUCGGUCGGUGCUUUUUUUUUUUGCUUUCUUCAAACAAGUGUGUUUGCCAAGUUUUCCGCCGCCUUCGAGAGGUCAACUAUUGCUGCCUACCUACCACACCGGGUGGUGCUCUCAGCUGGUGUUGUAUGAAAAAUUAUUGAUUGCAAUUUCAAGAGGAGCCAGAAGUCAAGCAGCAGAACGGGGCAAUUGUUGUCGGUCGGUCGGCUACCUACAUAUCUAUGAAUGUUGUUCAAAAGCGAUGGCGAUGCAGUAGAUGAAAAUUGGAGCACAAAUGAGCAUUGCCGUGUAGUUUAGUUUUCGAAGAAAAAAGAAAACAACCAGGUUUCUGUCAUUCGGAAAGCAAUAUUUUCAAACGAAACAAGAUUAUCUCAGAAAAACGAGAUCGUGUGCGGCUGUCAUCUGGCUGGCUAGGUGUUUGGUGUGAUACGUGAUGUGUUUGUGUGUUUUUUCGGUGUCAUAAUCCUAAGGAGCGCUAGCGAAAAAGUGUCAUUAUUAGCCAAGGAGCCGAAUUCAGUGAAAGUGGAAUUAAUUUGACGUCGACGACGUCUGUUUUUGCAGCCGAAUCAAAGGGAAUCAUUCGACGCACACACGCACAGAAGGUGUUAUGUAAUUUUAAUUGGAAUUGUGGCAACGCAAUCUUUCCGCCAGACGCACAGUCUGAAGUGGAAACAACGGAAAGAUUACCGACUACAGAGCGUUCAGAGGCGAAGGAGCAGAAUUACUCGUGCAAUCGGAGGAGGCGCGCGAUCUCCGACAAACUUAGCUGCUGCUGCUGUCGUUGGCAUUGGAGACGUUUUUGAGAAAGAUUUCAUCUGACUUGCUGCACUCGUACGCUGUUAUACAAAGUUGCAGAAGAGGAUGAACCCGUACGAGCAGCAGUAAUCAAUCUAACACCAUCGCUGUCAACCCAUCUCAGUCCGGCUGGCAGUGACAGUUUAAAGUCCUCCGGCUGUCUGUCUGCCUGUCGGUCGUCCGGCAAUUUGCGAUAGAACAAAAAGCCCGGGACAAAUCAAAGGCACUUCUUGCCACCGUCAGCAUCAUCAUCAUCAUCCCUGUGGGUAGUGUGGCACCUGCGGCUUGUUCCGGUCCAGCUCGGAGUAAUCAUUUAUUAUAAAAUCGAUUCGAGGGCUGGGGCGACGACGACGACGACGACGACGACGUAAAAGUCAUCAGGAUCACAACCAGGUCUGGGGACGGAAAGUGAGUCCAAAACCAGAGAGUUGUGUUUUCUAUUAAAAUUUUAAUGCAGAUCAAGUGGUGAGGAUGCUAGGAGUGGAACUAUUCUGUACGCGGUUGGAUGUUGUUAAGAGACGUGACAGCUUGGACAGGGCGACGACGAGGCACGGGAGGUGGUAGGAGAAGUUACGAGGUGAUAUUUUUAUUCAUAGGAAAAAGGUGGGAUCAAAGGCUUUCCCACACGAACAAUGUAAUCAAAACUGGAUUAGAUGGCUAGGUGGUGUAGUUGCCGGUAGGAUAACAGAGAUUAAUUACUGCUACGAGUUAGGUUAGACGAGGAUUGACAACGCAAUUACGUGUAGAACGGGACCGGUGGUCAACACAGUUUGGGUCCUUAUAUGGACGCACUAGGUUUAUCGAGGCUCGUAAAUGAAAUCACCGUGCAGCAGCAGCAGCAGGCAAGUUCCAGUCAAAUUCCGGAUUUGGAUGUGUCGGCGAUCCCGGCCGUACCGUUCGCCCUGUUGACGUUGAAUCAAACGUUCAGCCACUCCGUGGCAGGCUCGGAUGGCCUCAGUCCAUCGGUGGCGGCAGCAGCAGCAGCAGCAGCAGGAGGGACCAGUACCAGUACAACCACCGCUGGAUCGAUCAUUGCGUCGACCCUAGCUGGCAAGGCACUCGAUCAUGAACCGGAGAUCGACACGAUCCGCAAGGUGAUCAUAUGCAUUGUUCUACUAGCUGUGAUAUUCGGCACCAUCGUAGGCAAUAUCCUGGUCUGCGUGGCCGUCUGUCUGGUGCGGAAGUUGCGCAGGCCAUGCAACUAUCUACUGGUUUCCCUUGCGGUAUCGGACCUGUGCGUGGCCUGCCUGGUGAUGCCUCCGGCCCUGAUGUACGAAGUCCUGGGCGAGUGGAACUUCGGUAGAGUUUUCUGUGAUAUUUGGGUUUCGUUCGACGUGCUUUCGUGCACGGCUUCGAUCCUGAACCUGUGUGCGAUAUCCGUCGAUCGGUACUGGGCCAUCACGAAGCCCCUGGAGUACGGCGUCAAGCGCACGCCCCGCCGGAUGAUGCUCUGCGUGGCACUCGUCUGGUUGGCAGCUGCCUGCAUAUCGCUGCCACCGCUUCUUAUCCUAGGCAAUAAGCACACGAUCGGCGACGGUCCGGACCAGCGCCCGUUCUGUGCCGUUUGCGAAGACGUAGGUUAUCAAAUUUACGCCACCCUGGGGUCCUUCUACAUACCCCUGGCGGUGAUGCUUUUUGUAUACUAUCAGAUAUUCCGAGCCGCCCGGCGAAUAGUCAAGGACGAAAAGCGGGCCCAAACAAGACUGGAAAAUUCCCUCGCAGUGGACAAAAACCAAGCCAUGCUCAAACCCCCGGAACCCGUGUCCGCUUCCGUCGGUUCGCCGCACCAGAAGAAACUCCGCUUUCAGCUAGCCAAAGAACGCAAAGCUUCCACCACCCUGGGCAUCAUCAUGUCUGCCUUCACCAUCUGCUGGCUGCCCUUCUUCAUCCUGGCCCUGGUCCGGCCGCUCAUGGACGACGACUACCCGACGCUGUCGUCCUUCUUCCUUUGGCUCGGAUAUGCCAACUCCCUGCUGAACCCGAUCAUCUACGCCACCCUGAACCGGGACUUCCGGAAGCCGUUCCAGGAGAUCCUGUACUUCCGCUGUUCCAAUCUGAACAUCCUGAUGCGGGAGGACUUCUACCACAGCCAGUACGGGGAACCGGGCUCGCAGCGCUUCGUCCUGGACAACGAAGGCCAGCACACGGCGCGGGAGAGCUUUCUCUGAAAUAUUUCCACGCUCGCCAUGACGACGAUCAGUAAUGUUGAUACAAUCAGUGCACCGCCGCCCCCCACGUGACCUGCACCUGCCCCCUCCCCCCUCUAGUUUUGUCGAGACCUUUUGAGAGUGUGUGUGUGCGUUGAAUGCGAGCGAGUGAAAUGGACUUCUGUGUAGAGGUAUUAGAUGUCGUUUUAGGUUCUCUCGUGUGAGUGUGUGUAUACGUACAGAAGAAUAUACUGUAAGGAAGAGGAAGAAAAAUGUAACCGGAGGCAAUGCGCAUUACGACUGAGAAUAAGGCUCACUUUUAGUGUAAUUGUUAGUAGAAACAAGAUAUGGAGUAAAUAUUCAAGCGAUACGUUUUCGUACUCUUGGUGAAAGUUAUUAAAUUAAUAAUUUUCGACCUUGUAUUGUUAGAGGAAAAAGGGAAGGUGGUACGUGGAUUGGUGGUUCUAAAGAAGAGGGGGGGACUCGUUGGAGCAUGCUUUGGAUUAUCCGCUAUGCCCAUAUGGAGCGGUUCCACGCCAAAAGACAUAUCGAUCAGACUCAACCUUCUGCGAUUUGCAUGAAACUUUGCAUAAUUGUUUGUUAUGGGGAAUCAUGCACAUUUUGACGUAGGAUUACGUCUGUGAUUUUUAUAUGGGGGUACACAUUGUGAAAACCGAAAAUGGAACAUGUAACAAAAUUAUGCAAGAUUUUGAACGUUAAUAACUCAGCGGCCAAUGGACCAAUUUCAAUAAUUUUAUCACCAAUCGAUCAGAAACAUUUCUACGCAUCUGUUAAACUUAAGACCUUAUCAUUUUUAAGAUGUCACUAUUGAAAAUUGCACGAAUGUGCAACUGUUGCUAUGAUAAUUAAAAUUAUUACCGAUUGCCUGCGAAAAGCGAUUUCCCUAACACAGAUUUCAAAGUUGAAUUCCAUCCGGUCUCACCAAACGGUGUUUAUUCAAUCACCACGUGGUGAGUGGUGGGGUGGUGUUCUCCAGUACACAAUGAAAGGCUGCCUGGCAGUAGCGAGCUGCAGCUCACAUGAGCAUUCAUAAAAGGAGGAAGAAGCCGCACCACUAUUUAUCUGAAACAGUAGCUCUUCGUAAGUC